AUGGAGGCGUCGAAAUUUGACCAAGGUUUGAGCUAUGAUUUCUGUGUUGCACACCUCUUUAAUUGGCAGCCACCAAGCAGCAACGUCGAAGAUUACUGGGUGAAGUCAAUUCAGUUACUCAAAUCCAACGGAACCAACGUGCUUUCCUUCAUUUCGAAGCUCUUGAACGACAAGAGAUUUGAUGAACGCACGAAGGAUAGCCUAAAAGGUUGCUUUGAUUCUUACAAGGAUACGAUGUCGGAAUUAGAUGCUGCUGUGGUUGCUUUCAAGGCCAAGGAUUUGGACACUGCUGGCAUCAAAGUGAGUGAAUCCUUAGAUACCCCACUUAUCUGUCAACGCUCAUUCAACGAUCCCAAAGGUAGAAACCUGUCUCCUUUAACAAGCCAGAAUAACGCCUACUUCAAACUCAAUGUAAUACCUCUCGUGCUCAUCCAAAUCUUCACCAAACAUUCCUAG